CAAAAAUAAGUUGCCCUACGACGUAAACGAAGAUAAAAUAAAAAUAAAGUUUCAGACCCUUUCACGAACAUAUCUGCUCUUCGCUUCUCUAGCCGCAGCUUCCAGAGCCUCACUUCAAAUACAGACGGCAUAAACCUACGGCUUACAUACGCUUCCACGUAUUUAAACUCGCCGUCUUUGUACUUGUGUUCUGCAGUGGGAAAUACCUCUUCUGAGCACAAACACGCAUUAGAAGAGGUUUUCAGAAGAAAAGGGUUUGUUUUUGUGCUAUGGUCGUUUAGGGUUCGAAUCUCUCUGCGAAUUGUCUGCACAGUUUUAUGCAGCAGAAGUGAACCUGUCUAGUAUAAAUUGAAUGGCGUCUUCAGCGGGUCAGCCUCAGUUUCGCUACACGCAGCCUCCGUCGAAGGUUUUGCAUCUCAGAAAUCUGCCGUGGGAAUGCACGGAAGAGGAGCUCGUAGAGCUUUGUAAACCCUUUGGCAAAAUUGUCAACACUAAAUGCAACGUGGGAGCCAACCAUAACCAGGCAUUCGUUGAAUUUGCAGAUUUGAAUCAAGCCAUUGCAAUGGUUUCAUAUUAUGCUUCAUCAUCAGAGCCAGCUCAGGUACGAGGCAAAAGCGUUUACCUGCAGUACUCAAAUAGGCAAGAAAUUGUAAACAAUAAAAGCACUGGGGAUGUUGCCAGCAAUGUUUUAUUGGUGACAAUUGAGGGUGUCGAGGCUGGGGAUGUCAGCAUUGAUGUCUUGCAUUUGGUCUUUUCAGCCUUUGGUUUCGUGCAUAAGAUUGCUACGUUUGAGAAGAGUGCAGGAUUUCAGGCACUGGUGCAGUUUACUGAUCCAGACACUGCUACUGCUGCAAGAAAUGCCCUCGAUGGAAGAAGCAUUCCGAGAUAUUUGCUUCCAGAUCAUGUGACUUCAUGCCACCUGCGGAUAUCAUUUUCUGCACACACUGACUUAAAUGUCAAAUUUCAGAGUCAUCGGAGCAGAGAUUACACCAAUCCCAACCUUCCCGUGAAUCCUUCUGCAAUAGAUGGGCAGUUUACCAUAGGACCUGAUGGAAAGAGAAAGGAGCUUGAGAGUAAUGUUCUUCUCGCGUCCAUCGAAAACAUGCAAUAUGCAGUGACAGUUGAUGUUUUAAACACGGUGUUUUCAUCAUUUGGAACUGUUCAGAAGAUUGCCAUAUUUGAGAAGAAUGGAGGAUUUCAGGCAUUAAUUCAAUAUCCAGAUAUUGGUACUGCUGUGGUUGCUAAGGAAGCGCUAGAAGGACAUUGCAUCUAUGAUGGAGGUUAUUGCAAACUCCACCUGUCUUAUUCUCGUCACACUGACUUAAACGUAAAGGGUAAUAAUGAUCGCAGCAGAGAUUAUACAACUCCAGCAUCUGGCAUAUUACCAACCCAACCAUCUCCUUUAACAGUUCCCAGCCCAACCAACGUUGGUGGAUGGCAAGGUCCUCCAUCUGCUCCAAUGUACUCGCCAAAUGGGUUUGGUGGUGUUCCUUGUCCACCACAGCAGGGAGGUAUUUCUGGGCCUCAGCAAAUGCAGGGAUGGGGGGAGUACAAUCAGUCACAGGUAUCCUCUCAAAUGCCAGGACCUAAUGCUUUAUCAUCUCCAUCUUAUGUGGGACAAGGUCCAGUUCGGAGUCCUGCUAUGCCAACUCCUCCAGGGAUUGGAGGAAAUAAUAUAGGGACAAGUCCUUUCCAACCAUCUAGUCACAGUCCUCACCCUGGCCCUCCCCCAAUGCCUCAAUAUAGCAGUCAGCCAAUGCACAUGCCAAUGUCUGGAGGUGCUCCUCCACAAAAUGGUGGUGCUUCCGGAUAUUACAUGUAAACUCUUUUGAGUUGUGAAAUUCAUAUAUUGAUCUCAGCAACUAUGUUGCAGGUCUGUUAAUGCAAGUACACCACACCUUAUGUUCCUUAUUCUUUAUGUGGUUAUGUUGCAAACUUCUUUGCUUUUUAUGAUCCAGGAAGAAUGCUUUUUGAGCAUAUGCCUUUUGGAUCUUAUAUUUUAAUUUUAUUCAUCAUAUGUUUUGAUUCUGGUAGCAAGUAGUAUACAAAAAGUCGGCAUUUACGGCCGUACUUGUAUACUUAAAAAAAUAUAUAUAACAUCAAGAAAAGUUUCCGGUGA